AGUUGACUGCCACUAUUGUGUGGGAAUGACUCACUCAUUCUGACAAAGUCAAAAGAUUUUUUCAUUACACGCGUCCGAGAUGUGAGCUCUGUGACCCCACGCAAAAGGAAAAAAUAAUAUGGACAAGGUUGUAUAAGCUGCGCCAUCGUAGAUUUGUCCUCGACGCUUGCUGUCACGGAAUUUUCGAGAAUCGUCUGGAAUGAUCCAGAUCGGCCUAAAUUUGGAAAUGCCGAGUUAUUCGAAGUAUCGCUUUCAGAUGGUGAACUGGUUGAAUUUUAACAGGAAGCAAUCCGUUGACGACACGACAUCUUCUCGCUGUUGUCGAAAAGGUAGUAGACAUUCUCUGGGAAACAGUCGCGGUGCAUUUCCGUGACGUGUCCCGCAAGCAUCGCUGAGAUACCCGUGUAUAUAUAUAGAGGUGAGCCUCAUCUUUGUUAGUUUCAGGAUUCUUUGAAGUCGAUUACCCGCAGUGGUCCAAUACACAAAGAGAGAGAGAGAGAGUUAUAAGCUGUCGAUUGUUUGAGUGAUUGCAAAGACAGUUGAAGCAGAGUUUUAGAGAGUGAGACGAUUGUUAGAAGAGUCAUCAACUAGGUUGAAAAGAAGUAUUUGCUUGCCAUGGUAGAGAAGAACGUGGGUCCUGACGGUAGAGUUACAGCUGCGCGUUACAACUUGAGUGUGACGAAGAAAGAGUUCAAGACCAAAGAAGCGAAACCUGCUAGUCCCAAGUACAAAGGGGUUCGUAUGCGGCAAUGGGGAAAGUGGGUAUCUGAAAUUAGAGAGCCAAACAAGAGGUCUCGGAUAUGGCUGGGGUCGUUUCCUACGGCGGAGAUGGCAGCCAGAGCGUAUGAUGCUGCACUGGUGUGCCUUCGAGGCCCGACCGCUUCAUUGAAUUUCCCGGAUUCUCCCCCACAGGCACUUCCUGUGUGCAAUUCGCCCAAAGACGUACAAGUCGCCGCUGCCGCAGCCGCGGCUGCUGCAGAGCCCUGCACGCCAGUGAGUCUCCCGGCGCAGCCUGCUGCACAAUCCCUGGAAGCGCAAUUGAAUGAGAUGGAGACCGAGACGAAGGAAUCAGAGAGUCACGAUCUGGAGGAGUCAUCCGCAAGCAGCACGGCGAAUUCAUCACCGUCCACACCUGGCUCGAUCACCACUCUAGAGGACGUGGACCUGGCGUUUCUAGCCGACAUGGAUUUCAUAGACUUGCCACCGCUGGAACCGUUCGACAUCAAUCAAUCGCACCAGUCGUCGUUUCCAGAGUCUGCCGCUCUCACGCAGGGCGACAAUCCACCUUACUGCCGUGUAUCCUCAGGUCCAAUUCUGGCAACCGACCUGGAGUUGUACAAAUUGCUUUACGGUGUAAAAUAAACCCAGUUUUAGGGUUCAAAUUCUUUCCCUCUCUUUGAGGAGAAUUGAUACAUAUAUUUACAAGGUGCUACACGGCGUCGGAGUCCCGCAACAAACCAUACCACUAGACUUCCUCGUCUUCUGGUGGAAUCGCGGAAGCAGAAUUUUCCAUUUCGAUCACCACAAUUCCGCACCCCUUUGAGUGUGUAGUCUGGACAGACGAUGCAUCGAGCUUCAAUAACGAGCUGGGUCCGCCUUUUGUUACCCAAUUUUGAGUAGAGUUUCUUCCAUUGUAAACCAACAACAGCAACAAGCAGGAGUAGUAAUAGCAACAAGCAGGGAGAGGAAGCUAUGGAUGAGUGCAGCAAGCAUUGUAUUGUAUUAUAGGCAAUGUAGACACAGAUACUUAGUCGAAGUUGGUGUUUUUAGCAUUGACAGCAAACCUCGCAACAAUUCUUUGUAGGCACAAGAUUCGUUUUAGAGUUAGGGUUAGAAAGAUGAUGUGAGAGGAGGACCUAAGACCCCAGGAAGGGGACCUGAGACAAACAAUCACGAUUCAUUUUAGCAAUUUAAACUAAUUCACCUCCACCGGGGCUUCUUUUUGCCUUGCUCCGGUGUUGAGGUAUUCUUCAAUGUC